CACGUGCAGACAAUUCUUGGAUUUAUGCCAGGUAUUAGUCGUGAGAACCAGUUAUCCAAGAAAUACCUUCAAAUGGAAGACUACGGAAUUGUGUCAAUUAGUGAAGUAGUGAAUAUUUCUACCAUCAGUGAUUCCGCGCCCAUUGUGAUGGUACUUCCGGAUUACACCGGAAGUAGACGAUUAGUGGAAGGAAUAUUUGAGGAAGUGAUAACCAAUCAUUAUAGACCUAUUUUAUUUCAAGGAAGAGGACAAGGUGGUAAUAAACUGACCACUGCCAAAUUACUCAAUUAUGGUGAUCCAUCAGACUUACGUGAAGUGAUACAGUAUUUAAAGUAUACAUACCCGAAUGUGAUCAUAUCAGUUGUCGGUAUCGGAUCAGGAGCAGACUUACUGAUGUCCUAUUGUGGUGAAUACGGUUCUUCGUCGUAUUUACAAUCCGCAGUCUGUAUCUCGUCCACGUUCGAUUCCGAGACAGUUUAUAGCGAGAAAAUCCCAAAAUUUUAUGAAAUUUUAUAUUUAAGUUAUUUUAAAAGUGUGAUAAGUAGGUAUUUUAAGACGUUUUCAAGGAUUUUAGACAUGCGUCAUGUGUUAAAAACGUGGUCUGUUAAUCAAUUUACAGAACAGUUUUAUUGCAAAUUAUCUGGUGUGACAAAUACGGAAGAAUUUUGGGAAGAUAACAGUCCACUUCGUGAUGUAGAUGAAAUUUCUACACCAGUUCUGUGUAUAAAUAGUUUAGAUGACCCAAUGUGCUCAAAUGACGUCAUUCCCUUUGAUCUAUUUACUAGUUCACAUUACAUGUUUCUUCUUACUACAGACUAUGGUGGCCAUGCUGGUUUCGUGGACGGACCAUUCUCAAAAUCGUGGAUAGCUAAAUCUACAAUUGAAUAUUUGAAAACUUUACUGGAAUUU